AGCAGCCGAUCAUUAACACGAUCGGAGCCUGCGGUGUUCAGUUUUACGAGCGGUCUGAGCGGAGGGAAGGUCACUGCUUGUUGGCAGUGUACUCGUGAAAUGGGCGUGGAGUUGCGCUCAACAGUCGGAAACAGUUGAGUGUGUAAAACCAAGAAAGAAAGAAAAACUAAAGAAAAACAAAAGGAGUCAACAGAGACUCAGAGAGGCGCUAAUAUGAGAGAAAGCGGACGCAGCCGGUGCGCUAAGAGUAAAGCUGGCCUUCUCCACCUUUUAAAAGUCUCCCCAAUGUGGCAAACGUGGGUUUAGAGGAUGAUGUUUGCAGCUCCAGAGCCCAGCAAAGACAUCGUGGAGUGGCUCUCCAGCCUCCGCUUGUCUCACUAUGCCCCGUUUUUCCAUCAGGGAGGUUAUAAAUCUCUGGAAGACUGCAUGGACCUGACAGAAGAGAGUCUUCUUGAGCUCAAAGUGCUGCCGACAGGCCACCGUAGACGCAUCCUCCGGAGUCUGGAGGCACUGGGGUUCAAGCAGCUGAGUGGAGGGGAAGAUGAAAGUGAAGAGGAUGGAGCAAAGAACUUGAGGGAGCCAGUGCCAUACCCAAGACAUAUCUUCCUGAAAGAUAGAAAGAGGGGGGCAUCAUGUCAGCAACCAAAGGAACAGAGCAAUCACAAUUUGGAAGCAAGUCAGAGUUUACCUCCAGGAGCAGGACUGGGAGAAAAAGCUGAAAACCUUCCAAGGAGCAGUUACCUCGUCCCGCCUCGACCAGCCCCACGUAACCCCAAGAACAUUCAGAGAUCUGCACAGACCUGCCUGCCUGCUUCCGCAUGUUCCAACAGCAGCAGCGAGUCCCUCUCUGCUUCUGAAAUACCAGAUCGAGAGAUUACUACAGAAGAUCCGUUGCAUGGCACGAACUCCAUCGCCUGUUCCGGUGACGAUGGGGGUUUUCAAGGUGAAAUGGUUGAAAACUCAAUUUAUGAGAGGCCGCCCAAUUUAAAUCCUCCUGUUGGUCAGAGGCUUAGUCGCUCCUACAAACUCAGGCACCGGCCUGUUCCUGAAAUCCCAAAUCCAACCACGGUGCCACUUCAGGACAGCGCACCGCCAUCGCAAACAACCAGCCCUGAACACCUAACCAGCUCCGAUGGUCCCACCGGUGCAAAUGGCAUACAGAAAGCUCCACUUCAAAGAACCCUGACGCCUAUUGCUCCCUACGGUGAAAUAUUCCUGUUCAACACCCCCAAAAGUGCUCCGGACCAAGGUGCUAAAGAAGAGCCCCACAAGGGUUUAAAGGACAAGAUAAAACGGAGGAAACAGAGAAAAAAGACACCACUGAAGAAAGAGUCCAAAGAAAAAAUGUCUCCACCAGCUCCAGCUAUUCCAGACCCUUACGGGGACGACUACUCCACAGUGGACGAGUGUGCUGCCGUUUUGCCGCAGGCAUGUGUGGACCAAAGUUUUUCCAAGACCCCUGACCCCGCUGCUGCUGUCGGUCCAGCUGCCUCCGGCUCUAAUAAUAAAUCCUUGAUCAUGGUGAAUUGUGACCUCUACUCACAAGCUGCAGACUCUGUGGGGGCUGCAGAGAAAAGUGGACUGCCUGAUAUUUCUCCAUAUGCAUGCUUCUAUGGAGUCCCCAAACGGCAGGUGCUCAAAGUGGGUUGGCUGGACAAGCUGUCACCUCAAGGAAAAUGUGUUUUUCAGAGGAGGUGGGUGAGAUUUGAUGGUGAGAGUUUGACCUACUACAACAACGACAAGGAGAUGUACUCCAAAGGGAUGAUUCUGGCCAGCGCUAUCAGGCAGGUGCGAGGACUGGGCGACAACAAGUUUGAGGUAGUCACCUCCCUGCGGACCUUCAUAUUCCGAGCUGAGAGAGAAGGGGAGCGCCAGGAGUGGAUGGAAACUCUUCAGACGGCCACGCGCCCCCCCGCCUGUGGCUCCCAGAAGCGCUCCGGCACCCUCCCUCACGCCUCCUCCACAAACAAGCGAGGCUUGCUGGAGCUCCGCGGUUACAAAGGCAGAGUGCUGGUGUCCCUGGCGGGGAGUAAAGUCAGGCUCUGCAAAACAGAACAGGAUUACAAAGCGGGGCUGGCUGUCGCUGAAGUGGAACUGACCGCUGCCAACAUCAGAGACGUGGACCGCAGGGGCUUUGAAAUCAACACGCCCUUCAAAAACUUCUGCUUCACGGCCGAGUCAGAACGCGAGAAGCAGGAGUGGAUUGAAGCGGUGAAAGAAUCGAUUGCCGAGACACUCUACGACUAUGAAGUGGCAGAGAAGAUCUGGUUUAAAGAGGCCAAUAGAAGCUGCGCCGACUGCCGCGCGCCGCAGCCGGAGUGGGCGUCGGUCAAUCUGGGUGUGGUCAUCUGUAAGAAAUGCGCAGGACAGCACCGCUCUCUCGGGCCAAGUAUUUCUAAAGUGCGGAGCCUGAAGUUGGACAGCAGUGUCUGGAGCAAUGAACUAGUGGAGCUCUUUCUGGAAGUGGGGAACAAGAAUGCUAACAGUUUCUGGGCUGCUAAUCUCCCCCUGGAGGAGGAUCUCUACAGAGAGGCUUUUGCGGAGCAGCGGGCCACAUUUAUCCGCAGGAAAUACAGGGAAAGGAAGUACACGAGUGUCCUGGAGGGCUUUAAUGACCUGGAGCAUCUAAACAAGGCGCUGUGUGCAGCUGUGGUGUCCUCUGAUGUGCUGCAGACCAUGGCGCUCGUGUUCAGCGGGGCAGAUGUUAUGUGCGCCACCGGGGAUCCAACCUACUCCACCCCGUACCUCUUGGCUCAGCGCGCUGGCCAGAAGCUGCAGAUGGAGUUCCUGCACCAGAACAAACUGUGCGCUUUCCCUCGACUGGACCAAUGGUCAGAGAACGCCUGCCUGCCUGAGGCUUCCAUCUUCAUGGACGGUUUCCUCUACAUCUCAUCUUCAUCUACCAAGGCGACGUUGGACCGUCGCGGUAGGGAUGACAUGGCACGCCGUUGGUGUACUUUGGAAGGCGGCUUCCUGAGUUACUAUGAGAGCGAGCGAAGCCCUUCAGCCAUUGGCAGGGUGGACGCCACCGAAGUCAUUAGCCUGGCUGUCAACCACACAGAGACGAUGACUGGAGCUGGGGCUGUGUUUACCGUGGAGCUGUACCUGCAGACGGAGCGACUGCUGAUUUUCGGAGCGGAAACACAGGAAACGCAGCAUGACUGGAUUCAGGCGCUAACAAAGUGCUUCAUCCCACCUAAAGUUGAGGGACUAGUGCGGAAAGAGAGUGAACUGAUUGGCAGACUCCACUACAAAGAAGGUCACGACCUGUACUACUGGAGGAUGGGCUGGUUUAUGCUGGAAGGCUCUUCCCUGCACUUCAGCUCAGGAGAGGAGGAGGGAGAGGAGGAAGUACUUCAACUCAAGCAACUGCAAGAACUCACUGUCUCCACACAUACUGAGGGUGAGGACAAGAUCCAAGUCCUGCUGAUGGUGGCGUGUGGAAGAACAGUUUACAUUCAUGGCUUCAACAAGAUGGAUUUCACCGUGUGGCACUCUGCUAUCAAACUGGCUGCUGGCACAGACGGCAAUGCGCUCGGCGACCAACAGCUGACUAAAAACGGUGUUCCUAUUAUAGUCGACAGCUGCAUUGCUUUUGUCACUCAGUAUGGUUUGUGCCAGGAGGGAGUCUACCAGAGGCCUGGGAAUCCUGGUCGAGUGUCUCACCUCCUGGAGGAGUUCACCCAUGAUGCCCGUAAUGUGAAGCUGAGGGAGAAGGAGCACCAACUUCAGGAUGUGACUGACACGCUGAAGAGCUUCUUGUCUCAGGCAGAAGAUGCACUACUGACCAAGGAGCUCUAUCCAUACUGGGUGUCAGCUCUGGAUGAGAAGAGCGAAAGGCAGAGAGUGAAGAAGUACUCCGCUUUCAUAGAGAGCUUGCCAAAGAUAAACAGGUCAACCCUUGAAGCCCUGCUGCAGCAUCUUUACAGGAUCCAGCAAUGCUCCCACCUGAACCGCAUGCCAAGUGAAAAACUGGCUUCCGUUUUCUCCUCCUGCCUGUUCCAGACUCGAGGACAAACCACACAGGAAAUUAGUGUGGUCCACGACCUAAUCAGCAACUACAUUACGCUCUUCAGUGUCAGUGAAGACCAGGUGCAACAGAUGGAGAGAGAGAAUAGCUUCAUCACACGCUGGAACGACAAGAAGGACACGACAUUUGCUCCGGCUGGGGACUUGAUCUUUGAGGUGUACCUGGAGAAGAGAGAGCCAGAGAAAUGCUGCUUAAUCAAGGUCUCCCCCAGCAUGCGGCCCACUGAGCUUGCAGAAACGGCGCUGAAUAUGAGGAACGUCGCCGUUAACGCCGACGACUUUUGGACCACCUUUGAAGUCAUUGAAAAUGGAGAGCUAGAGCGACCGUUGCACCACAGUGAGAAGAUUCUUGAGCAGGUGUUGGAGUGGAGCUCCUUGGACUACCCCAGCUCUGCUUUUCUUGUUAUAAAGAAGUUUGUAGGUUUCAAACUUCUUGGGGAAGAUCAGAAGCAUUUUCUGAAAGGCGACUAUCUGAAGUUCAGUGACGGAUGCUCCAAACUGCUGUCGGGGCACAAAUUUCAGGACAAGUAUGUUGUGCUUCAUUCAGAGAAGCUGCUGCUCUACAGGGAUAUCAAAAGCGCUAAAGCCGAGAAAACAAUCCCACUGAAGGAUGUGAAGUGUUACCUGGGCCUGAAGAAGAGGCUCAAACCUCCAACCAACUGGGGCUUCACCAUCUGCACUGAUAAGCAACAAUUGCAUUUCUGCUGCGACAAGAGGGAGACGCAGGUCAACUGGGUGACAGACAUCAUCAGGAUGAAGUAUGGUUCUGACCUUCAUGCAUCCACCAACUCAAAAGAAAUGGCAGAUCACAAAUCGACCAGAGGUGGAGCUCUAACCGAAGGGAGCAAGGUGCUGCCUCAGAACCUCAACUCUAGCAAACAGACAACCGAAAGGAGGGUUUCUCUUGGAGCUCUUGGAGAUGGAGAAUGGAGGCCCGCCAAGGAUCCUAGUCCCCACUUCAAGUCCAACACCAUAGGUGCUCCAAAGUCCAGUACCAUGGGUGCUCCAAAAUCCAACCCCAUAGCUGUUCCAAAGUCCAACACCAUAGGUGCUCCAAAGUCCAACGAACCAUUCAAACCCCCAGCAAUCCCAAGCAGAAGAACUUCAGUGGAUGUUUGCCUGCCUCUACGGCUCCCGUCACCAUCUUCUUCCAGACACAUGCAACCCAUGCCUUUGCCUGUUCUCCCUCAAAGCGGCUGUAAGACGGUCAAUAAAAGACCUGCUCUGGGUGGGGAAGCUAUACUCCCUCCAAAUCUGCUGAAUGAACUCAACUCUGUCCUGAACAAGACUGGUCGCACUAACAAGAACAAUGACUGACAGGAGGAGACAUGAGGGGGAAAUUACAUAAAGUAUCAUGAUCAUUUCAUUCAUUCAUUCAUUUAUUUGUUCAU